CCGCCCCCGGUCCGCCUCAUGAGCUCCCUCAAGUUCGUCGUGUCCUCUCUGGACGCCAUUGCCACCUCCAAAGAUGCCCAGCGCAACAAGCAGCUGGCCGACUUGACCAAGACAGCCCUGGACGCCAUCAAAGAGCAGGACCAGCUGCCUGAUCCCGAGAUCGUCUUCGCGCCUCUGCAGCUUGCGACCAAGACCAACAGCCCGCAGCUCACAACAACGGCCCUCGACUGCAUUGGAAAGCUGAUAUCCUACUCGUACUUCUCGCUGCCCUCCAAGGAUGACGCACCCAAAGAAGGCGCCGAGCCGGCGCCCCCACUGAUCGAGCGAGCCAUCGAUACCAUUUGCGACUGCUUCCAAGGCGAGACCACCGCCGUCGAGAUCCAGCUACAGAUUGUCAAGUCGCUUUUGGCAGCCGUCCUGAACGACAAGAUAGUGGUUCACGGCGCGGGCCUGCUCAAGGCUGUGCGCCAGGUCUACAAUGUCUUUUUGCUCUCUCGGAGCACGGCCAAUCAGCAGGUUGCGCAGGGCACUCUCACCCAGAUGGUCGGCACCGUCUUCGAGCGAGUCAAAACCAGGCUACACAUGAAGGAGGCCAGACUGAGCCUCAACAACCUCAACCACGGCGCAAGCAAUGUCACCUUUGACCAGUCCGAAAUCGCCAAUGGCACCCAGCACAGCGACGACAAUGACGAGGCUUCACCGGCGCCGCCUGACAACACCGAUGCUCCUCCGGAAGAGCCGGCCAAUGCCGCCAAGCUCACGCUCAAGGACCUGGAGCACCGCAAGAGCUUCGACGAUUCCACGCUCGGCGAUGGGCCGACCAUGGUCACACGGCUCAAGUCGGACAAGAAAGACGAGAGUGACGCGUCCGUCUCGGGGCAGUCUGGCCCGCAGGAAGACAGCGAUGCGCUGGAUGCCGAGGACGAGGUCUACAUCCGAGACGCCUACCUCGUCUUCCGAUCCUUCUGCAACCUGUCCACCAAGGUUCUGCCGCCCGACCAGCUCUUCGACAUGCGCGGCCAGCCGAUGCGCUCCAAGCUGGUCUCUCUACAUCUCAUCCACACCCUCCUUAAUAACAACAUCGCCGUCUUCACAUCGCCCCUCUGUACCAUCACGAGCUCCAAGAGCAAUGAGCCCACUACCUUUCUUCAAGCCAUUAAAUUCUAUCUUUGCCUUAGUAUCACGCGCAACGGAGCCAGCUCGGUGGACAGAAUAUUUGACAUUUGCUGUGAGAUCUUCUGGCUCAUGCUCAAGUACAUGCGCCCCUCAUUCAAGAAAGAGAUUGAGGUCAUUCUCAACGAGAUUUACCUGGCCCUCUUGUCCCAAAAGAACGCCCCCCUGACGCAAAAGCUGUACUUCGUUUCCAUCCUGAACCGCCUCUGCGCCGACCCUCGAGCCUUGGUGGAAACCUAUCUCAACUACGACUGCGAUCAGUCGGUAGAGAACAUCUUCCAGACCGUCAUUGAAGACUUAUCAAAAUUCGCGACGGCACCGGUCACGAUUACAUCGAUCCACGAGCAGGCAUACGAAGAGUAUAGGGCGAAAACCGCGCCCGCCAGCGAGUGGCAGCUCAAGGGCAUCUUGCCUCCUUCACUGACGGUUGCGCAUAUCGCCCCGCAUCAGGAGAAUGAGCCCGACUAUCCCAAGGAAUAUGCAAUCAAACGGCUAUCGCUAGAAGCCCUCGUCGAGACACUCCGCUCCUUAGUCAACUGGUCCGCCCCCAUGCGCUCAGACAGUGAGAUUGCCCGUCCGGAUGGCGAUACUAGGGCCACCUUUGAUGAGCUGCGGCCGUCUAUCGACCCCACAAGCGAGAGUGCAUCCCGGCUCGACACGCCUCUGCCGCCUUCGACCCCAAUAUUAGAGGACGACCCGGAUUAUCUGAGCAAGGAAAAGGCUAGGAAAACGGCUCUGAUGAAGGACAUUAGGCAAUUCAACUUCAAGCCCAAGAAGGGCAUUGAGCUACUGAUCCGCGAUGGCUUCAUCCCGAGCGACAGCCCCAAGGAUAUCGCGACGUUCUUGUUGAAUGAGGACAAGCUAGACAAGGCUCAGAUUGGCGAGUAUCUUGGCGAGGGAGAUCCAAAGAACAUUGAGACCAUGCACGCGUUUGUCGACUCCAUGGACUUCACCAAGAAGCGAUUCGUCGAUGCUCUCCGUCAAUUCCUGCAGUCGUUCCGUCUACCGGGAGAAGCGCAGAAAAUCGAUCGAUUCAUGCUCAAGUUUGCUGAACGCUAUGUACUGGGCAACCCCAAUGCCUUUGCCAACGCUGAUACGGCAUACGUGCUGGCGUACUCUGUCAUCCUGCUCAACACAGACUUGCACAGCAGCAAGAUCGCCAAGAGGAUGACCAAGGAGGAGUUUAUCCGGAACAAUGCGGGCAUCAACGACAAUGCCGACUUGCCUCAUGACUAUCAAAUCUCCAUCUACGAGGAGAUCGCCAACAAUGAGAUCGUCCUAAAGAGCGAGCGCGACAUUGCAGCCGCCCAGGGCAACCUCCCCACCCAGCCGAGUGGCCUGGCCGCAGGCUUGGGACAGGCCUUCUCCAAUGUCGGGCGCGACUUGCAGCGAGAGGCUUACAUGCAGCAGUCGGAAGAGAUUGCGCUGCGUUCGGAACAGCUCUUCAAGAACCUGUUCAAGAGCCAGCGCCGAAACGCCUCCAAGAUGGCACCCAAGUAUAUCGAAGCAACGUCCUUUAAGCACGUGGAGGCCAUGUUUGACAUCACCUGGAUGUCCAUCUUCUCGGCGCUCUCGGGCCAAAUGCAAAAGGCACACAAUCUCGAAGUGAAUAAGCUGUGCUUGGAGGGCAUGCGGCUGGCGACCCGGAUCGCUUGCCUCUUCCAUCAGUCAACGCCUCGUGAGGCGUUCAUUUCCGCACUCCGCAAUGCCACCAACCUGAAUAACCCGCAGGAGAUGCAGGCCAAGAACAUUGAGGCGCUCAAAGUGAUCCUCGACAUCGCUCAGACGGAGGGCAACGUCCUCCAAGAGUCGUGGAAAGACAUUCUCAUGUGCAUCAGCCAACUGGAUAGACUGCAGCUCAUCUCCGGCGGCGUUGACGAGAGCGCCAUCCCAGACGUUUCUCAGGCGCGCUUUAUCCCCCCCUCGCGCGCUGGGACAUCGGACUCUCGCUCGUCCAUGCAGCUGAAAUCCCGGCCGCGACAGAGGUCUGCUACUGGCCCGCGAGGCUUCUCCAACGAGAUUGCUCUCGAGAGCCGCUCGGAUGAGCUUGUCCGAAGCGUCGACCGAAUCUUCUCCAACACGGCCAACCUCUCGGGUGAGGCCAUGGUGUACUUUGCCAAAGCCCUGACCGAGGUGAGCUGGGACGAGAUCAAGGUCUCUGGCUCCAACGACUCUCCUCGCACGUACAGUCUGCAAAAGAUUGUCGAGAUCAGCUACUACAACAUGAACCGUGUGAGAUUCGAAUGGAGCAAUAUCUGGGUCGUUCUCGGCGAGCACUUCAACCAGGUUGGCUGCCACAACAACAUGAACAUUGUCUUCUUUGCUUUGGAUUCAUUGCGUCAGCUGUCCAUGCGGUUCAUGGAGAUCGAAGAGCUUGCGGGUUUCAAGUUUCAGAAGGAUUUCCUCAAGCCCUUUGAGCACGUCUUGUCCAACUCGCACAACAUCACCGUCAAAGACAUGGUGCUGCGCUGCCUCAUCCAGAUGAUUCAGGCCCGAGGCGACAUGAUCCGCUCCGGCUGGAGGACCAUGUUUGGCGUCUUCACCGUUGCUGCCCGGGAGCCGUACGAGAGCAUUGUCAACCUUGCAUACGAAAACGUCAACCAGGUCUACAAGGAGAAGUUCGGCGUCGUCAUCUCUCAGGGAGCGUUUACGGACCUCAUUGUCUGCCUGACGGAAUUUUCAAAGAACCUCAAGUUUCAGAAAAAGAGCCUUGGUGCUCUGGAGCUGCUCAAGUCCAUCAUUCCGACAAUGCUCAAGACUCCAGAAUGCCCGCUGUCAAGUGUGGCGUCGACCAAUGCCGAAAACGGUGCCGUGGAACCCGCUCCAGGCGUCAACAAGAAGGUGCAGACAAAGACAUCGUUGGAAGAGGGUUACUGGUUCCCCGUGCUCUUUGCCUUCCACGAUGUACUGAUGACUGGCGAAGACCUCGAGGUCCGUUCCAACGCUCUAGAGUACUUCUUUGCCGCACUGCUCAAGUACGGAGGCGGCUUCACCCAGGCCUUCUGGGAUAUUCUCUGGAGACAGCAGCUGUAUCCCAUCUUCAUGGUGUUGCGUUCGCGGCCAGAGAUGACCAAUGUCUUGAAUCACGAAGAGCUCUCUGUGUGGUUGUCGACCACGAUGAUUCAAGCCCUGCGCAACAUGAUUACGCUAUUCACGCACUACUUCGACGCCCUCGAGUACAUGCUGGACAGAUUCCUGGAGCUGCUGGCCCUUUGCAUUUGCCAAGAAAACGAUACCAUCUCUCGGAUUGGUAGCAAUUGUUUGCAGCAGUUGAUACUGAAGAACGUGACCAAGUUCAACCAGGUGCAUUGGAACAAGAUUGUCGGGGCGUUUUGCGAACUAUUCGACCGGACAACGGCGUAUCAGCUCUUUACCGCAGCAAACAUGGAGGCUUCUGCCGCUUUGGCACUGUCGUCAUCCAACGGGCUGGAGUUUACUUCACCCCUCAGCCCAACCACUGGCGAAGCCCCUGCCGGUGAUGAAAAGUCCCUCAAGAUCAACGGCGGCGAUGAUCAUAGCGCUGCCUCCGAUACCGAAUCUAUCCAUCAUCCGACAUUGCACAAGCUUGACGACGACGAGUCGCGGACGCCGACGGCAAAUACCAACGGGCAGCCGCUGGAGGAGUUCAAGCCGUCUUCCACUCUUCAGCAGCAGCCUGUCGUGGUGACUGCAGCCCGCCGGCGGUUCUUCAACCGCAUCAUUUCUCGCUGCGUCCUACAGCUGCUGAUGAUCGAGACGGUCAACGAGCUCUUCAGCAACGACACCGUCUACGCCAACAUCCCCUCCGCUGAGCUUCUGCGACUCAUGGCUCUCCUCAAGCGGUCCUUCCAGUUCGCACGCCGUUUCAACGAAGAUAAGGAGCUUCGGAUGAAGCUCUGGCGCGAGGGCUUUAUGAAACAGCCUCCCAACCUGUUGAAGCAAGAAAGCGGUGCUGCGGCGACGUACGUGUCGAUCCUCUUCAGGAUGUUCGUGGACGACGCGCCGGAGCGACUGAAGAGCAGACCCGACAUUGAGGCCGCCCUCGUGCCGCUGUGCGAGGACAUCAUCACGGGCUACUCGCUGCUCGCGGAAGAGAGCCAGCAGAGGAACAUCAUUGCCUGGAGGCCAGUCGUCGUCGACGUGCUGGAGGGAUUUGCCACGUUCCCGGAGGAGGCCUUCAAGGCCCACCUGCCCUCGUUCUACCCGCUGGCCAUUGAUCUGCUGCAGAAGGACUUGACGGCGGACCUGCGCGGCGCGCUGCUUGGGGUGCUGCGGAGGGUGGGCGAGGUUUCGCUCGGGAUCGAGGGCAUGGCGAGGGCCGGGGACAAGAGGCGGGACAGCACGACCAGCACCAAUGCUGAGGAGGCUGCGGGCGGGUCGUCGGAGGCUGCGGCACGGAAGAUGCUGUGA